AUGUAUCCAGCCCAGAGUCAGAGGUAUCCGCCCUCAAAGCCUCCGCGUCCGUCUCCGCGGGCGGCGCCCUACCCGAAAUUCGGCUGCUCAUUCCGUGGAACACACCCCGUAUGCUCAAGGCAGCUUUCGCGAGACACCGUACCGCCACCAAACCGUCGGACAGCCAUCAGCGUAAGCCCCCAAUCCCGCCCACACAGGCAUCAGAUAGUGACAGCCUGCAGCUCUGUAGUGGCCCCCGAUCGUCACCCGCACCCUCGUGAGAUCAUUGGCCCAACCCCAGAGCCCUCGGAUGGCUAUACGGCUGCUGAAGAUGAAGAGCUAGCCCGAAACAAGAGGAUUGUAGUGAAGUACGCCUUCCAGGGAGCUCUUCAGACCUCCAGCACUGACCGGACUCCCAGGACGCAGAAGAUCGAAGAACUAACGAAAGAGGUCGUUGACAUUUUCAUGAGAGCAGGGUCUUCCGCGGCAGUCGCGAGCCCUUUACUAAACCAUGGAGGAGAUGUUAAUCAACUGACAUAG